GUUAAUAAUCUUUGAUUCACAACAAUCGCCAAUAAACCGAAUACAUUCGUUUUAUUAUUGGUUUCAAAAUAAUUAUUGUUACUCAGUGUUUUGUUUGUGUUAAUAUUCCAGUCGUAUUGAAAAGUUAUAUUUAUGGUAACUAAAAUGCCCGAAGGAGAAACAGAGCCUGUCUCAUUAGUGACAAUCAAAGAGCCAGUUGAUUUAAUAAGGCUUAGUGUCGAUGAAAGGAUAUAUGUUAAAAUGCGCCAUGAUCGAGAACUUCGUGGUCGACUUCAUGCUUUUGAUCAGCAUUUAAACAUGGUAUUAGGAGAAGCUGAAGAAACUAUCACAACAAUUGAGGUUGACGAAGAAACAUUUGAGGAAGUAUAUAAAACUACUAAACGAACUAUACCUAUGUUGUUUGUUAGAGGAGAUGGUGUCAUACUUGUUUCUCCUCCAUCUACUACAUCAUAAUAUAUUAUGUAUUGUUUAUGUAAUACUAAACAAUUAAACUUAAUUACUAUGUUAUUA